AUGGCUGGCGGGAACCCGGAAUCACCAUCGUCCAAAAGGCGCCCCUUCGCCGCAUUAUUUAGUGUUACAGGCGAACGAGGACCACUCAGCCCACAAAAUCAGCAGUUUACUCCACGAAACUCGGCUUUACAAGUCUACGAUACCGAUGAGCUAGGUGGAUUCACCCCAAAUUCUGCGGUCCCCAUGCAAACGUCGAUAUCAAAUGCGAGUUCGAAUCACCCGUCCUCUUCCGACUUCUCCAUGUCUCCUCAUAACUAUUUCGAAACUUCCAUGUCUUCUCCUAAUUCGUCCCAUGGUUUCUCAUCCGGCACUACGCCAGGCUACGAUCAAGAUAUACCUUUCGAUAUAAAUACCCCAAAGCCGGAAGAGGAAGAUACUAAUUUUGAGGAUUUUAUACAUGAGCCCCCAUCAAGGAAUAACACCCAACCGAUGACACAAACUUCGCUGACGCCGACGGUUGCUGUUAGCGAUAAUGUGUUCCCGAGCCCAGCAAUGACAAAUGCCAGUAUCAAUGCCCAAAACAGACCUAACGUUCUAGAACCACUUAGUACUACUUUACCUAUAAUAUCUAAUCCCGAUAUCACGGUUGAUGAUCACGAUGCUACCCAAUCUAGUCGGCGUACUAAGAAGCGAGCUAGCGAUGAUGAAGCCACUCUCAACCGGGUUCUUCCGGCCGGGAGAAACACAGCGGCGACAGACGAUGAAAUUCCAAGCCUUCGAGAUCAAGAACUGGUAGCUAAGGAAUCAGAGAACCAUAUGAAAGUUUUCCGGUGGCUCUCUGGUGAAGGGUCUGGGCAUCUUGAUGCCCCUAAAUCCAAUAGAACAAGGAGCAGAAGUGUCGGUCAGAUGGACGCCUCUAACGAACCGGCCGAUGGAGCACAGGGUGCGCCAGCGCAAACGUUCAAACUCGAGGAACCCAGCGGAUACUCACCGGUCGAUGGGACACCUCGUGGGGAGGGUGAUGUACUGUUUGAUGAUAGCGAGGAAGAGAGCACAGACGGACAUACUUCAGAUGAGGAAGGACUUCCCGAGAUUCCAGAAAACGAACUUGGAUUUGCGGAUAUAUCCCAUAUUGGCGACGAUGAUAUUCACCCGCCGAGACAUAUCGACAGCAUCCAAAGGAUGACAGAAGAAGAGGAGAUGGCUCUGGUCAAUAGCGAUCCACAUCCGAGUGCAUUCUAUAGGCCUGGGCCGUGGCAUGAUCCACCAAAGCCGAUCUCCACGCUCAAUGUCAGAGAGGGGGUCACACGCGGACAGCCUAAUUCCUCAAAUGCAGCAAUUGAAAGGUGGAAGAGGGCCAAUGAGAACAUUGAAACUGCUAGCCGAGUGGCAACAUUUGGUACUAUGCGAAGCCGCCGAUACUCCAUUGGAGAGAUGGAUGGUUUAUUCAAGAGAAUGUCGUUUGGACCUAAUGAAGAAAAUCUAUCGGUCGUGCAAAGACCACACGCUCACCAAGAUAGAAAACCCAGUUUGUUCGAAGUCAAAAACGUCCUCAAGAGGUUUUCAAGCGCAGGUCACGAGCAUAAGAAUGCUGCACUCCAUGCGCUUCAGAAUCUCUCUGAUAAGGCGUCCAAGGAACCUAAGCCUCUAAGGAAAGACAGUCAGAAGUCAAAAAUUGGAAGGGAACGUUCGCCGAGCAGGCUAAGCAGUUUAACACGCAAGCUUUCGAAAAAGCGGAAGCAAAGCGAUGUUGAUCCUUCAAAGGACACAACUUCGGCAUUUGCUAGCAUGGCUGGCUUGUCAAUGUCAAUCGGUGGGGGUGAAGCUGCUAGCUCUAGUAAUCCAAUGUCGCCUCAGAUCAAGAGGCUCGGCUCGCUGAGCAAGGGCAAGAUUGAGUUUGGUAUUCCAGGAUUUAUAUCACCAACAACUGGUAGACAUCAGAGUCAAGGAUCUCUUAGCGUCCCACCAUUCGAACCUCUAGAACAUGAAGCCUCAGAUGAAGAGGAUGCUCCAGCAGAUCCCAUUCCUACGGCUCCUCCGCAGUUGAAGAUUCCUAUCGAUAAAAUAACCCCUAACCGAGCUGGCUUCGCAAAACAUUGUCUCCAACUCAAUCCACAGUUGCACCCUAAGUUGAUCGAUAGGAUUGCGAUUGAACAGGUGAAGCGUUUUAGAAAACUCCAGGAAAACUUUCUCAAACAUCAUGCCACCGUCCAAACUUUAGGUAAAUGCACCAAUGACCACCAGUGCGGUGCCGUCGCCAAUCAAGGAAAGGAGAACAACGCACCCGUCGGCCUUUUUGAAAGCCCUAAUAACAACGCAUCAUACUCGAUGCAAGAGUAUGAUUCAGAUGACGAGGAUGUCCCUAGUACAGAUGGAAGGGUAACUGCGACCCAGUUCCCCCCCGGUGUCCCGAUGCCGCCUGUGCAUCGAUUGCCCGCGGAAUUUGAAUGUACACUCUGCUUCAAAGUCAAGAAAUUCACGAAGCCCUCUGAUUGGACCAAGCACGUCCACGAGGAUGUCCAACCUUUCACUUGCACGUUCCCUGAUUGCACAGAGCCCAAAAGUUUCAAGAGAAAAGCCGAUUGGGUGCGCCAUGAAAACGAAAAACACCGACACUUGGAAUGGUGGACCUGCAAUCUGCCUGAUUGUAACCACAAGUGUUACAGGAAAGACAAUUUCGUUCAGCAUCUUGUUCGAGAGCACAAAAUGCCAGAGGUCAAAGUAAAGGCGACAAAAUCUGGCGCUACGAAGUCAGGAGCCGGGGCGCGUGGCACGAAGAAAGGCAAAGGUGGCACGGAAGAUGAUGAAGUUAACAAAUUAUGGGAUAUCGUUACCGCUUGCUAUAAAGAGACAACAAACAAACCCACUUCUGAGCCCUGCCGUUUCUGCGGGUGCAGACUGCAAAGUUGGAAGAAGUUGACAGUUCAUUUGGCUAGACACAUGGAAGCGAUAUCUUUGCCCGUGAUCACUUUGAUUGGUGAGGAUGCUGUUUUAAGUCCUGCAAGCACGCGGCGAGGCAAUUCUACGACGGUAACACCAAUUACGCCGUAUAAUCCUUCAGCAUUUUCAGCUGCUGGGCCAGGAAAUAUUACACCUAUUUUACCUGACCUCCAAAGUAUGUAUGUGGGGAUGGCGCCUCACCAAUCCUCUAUCUAUUCGCCAACCAGGCCCACUCCUCAGGGCGUCUACCCGUCACCGCAUGCCACACCACAAAGAAAUGGAGACGUGGUCGGAGAUAGGAUCUACACGAAUGUGAUGGAUCCGUCACUUACUGCGACGCUACAUCCUCAGGCUCAGUUCCAAAUGCACACUGAUUUGAACAUGCUUAUGCAGGAGCACCAGCACCAACAUGCACAGCAACAAAAUCCUAUGGGCUAUAGCAUGCAACCCAACAUGGGCUAUGGGAUAGGUGGGCACGAUGGCAUCCUUGGCUAUUCAAAUCCCAACAUAGUAGCUCCGGGCUUGGGCAUAACAAAUCCGGGUCAAUACGGAGCUUGGAACCAAGGGGGUCAGCAGUCUGGUGAGGAUGAAACCGAACGAUUCAUGAACUGGCCGAACCACCACCCAUGGUGA